UUUCAUUUGGCAGCAAACAAAUCUUCAAUUUUUAACUCACCCAACGACCAAACUAACACCUUAAAUAGCAGCCAAGAAAGAACCUUGCUCAUUCCCCAACCCUUCAUUUCUAGUCACGCAACAAAAUGAGGAGGAGCUCAACCUUUGUGUCCUCUUUCCCACUCCAUAUUCUUCUUCUAUCUUGUUUUCUUCUCACACUUAACCAAUCCUCUGCCAUGUGGAAAGAUAGGGAUGCUGAUUUGGUAGACCAGAUAUGCAAAAAGACACCCUUUUAUGACCUUUGCAGCUCAAUCCUACAUUCAAAUCCUCUAAGCCCCAAUACUGAUCCAAAGGGUAUGGCCCUUAUAAUGGUCAAUGACAUUCUGACAAAUGCUACUGACACAUUGAGUUACAUUGAACAGCUGAUAAAGCAGACCUCAGACCCACAAUUGGAGCAAGAAUUGGCUUUCUGUGCAGAAUCAUACAUCCCUGUUGUGAAAUACAUUCUCCCACAAGCAGCUGAUGCUAUAAGCCAAGGUCGAUUUGGGUUUGCAAGUUACUGCAUAUCUGAUGCUGAGAAGGAAGUGGAUGCUUGUAACAAGAAAUUCUCAGACUCAUCUCAGUCUCCCAUAAGUGAUAGAAAUAGCAUUAUGCAGAAGCUUGUGGAUGUGGCUGCAGCCAUAGUCAAAUUAUUGUUACAUGGCUGAUUAUUUACUUACCUUUCUUCUCUCUCUCUCUCUCUCUUUUCCCCUUAGUAGUGUCUUAUUCUUAUAAAAUAAAUAAAUGCUUUUAGAUGGUUUGAGUUUGUACAAAUAAUGAUUCUAUGUACUUUGUAGCAGCUGUUUAUAAAC